CUGAGCCUACAUGACCCGCUUGGAGCACUUUCCGGCUGGGAGCCCUCCACGCCGUUAGCUCCCUGCGACUGGCGUGGCGUCGCUUGCUACAACGGCUGGGUUAGUGAGCUCCGCCUCCCGCGGCUCCACCUUAGCGGCGCACUCUCCCCGGAGAUUGCUAACCUGCGCAUGCUGCGAAAGCUGAGCCUCCACUCCAACUCCUUAAAUGGCACCAUUCCUUCAUCUCUCUCCCAAUGUGCCCAUCUUAACUCAAUAUUCCUUCAGUACAAUUCAUUUUCUGGCUCCCUUCCGCGGGUAAUCUCGAACAUCACCAACCUCUUAGUCCUUAACGUUGCCGGAAACUACCUAACCGGCGAAAUCCCCGGUGACCUCCCCAAGAAUCUCCGUUUCGUUGAUCUUUCUUCGAACGCAUUUUCCGGUGAUAUACCGAAUAAUAUUUCCUCUGGCUCCCAGCUUCAGCUCAUCAAUUUGUCAUACAACCGGAUUUCCGGCGAGAUUCCAGCGAGUCUCGGGCAACUUCAGAAUCUACAGUACCUCUGGUUAGACUACAAUAAUCUGCAAGGCACAUUGCCUUCGGCGCUUGCCAACUGUUCGUCGCUAGUGCAUCUAAGCGCCGAGGGUAAUGCAAUUGGUGGCGUGGUUCCGGCGGGGAUCGGCUCACUAUCAAAUCUUCAGGUCGUUUCCUUGUCGCGUAACAAUCUAUCUGGUUCGGUGCCUGGGUCUUUGUUCUGCAAUGUGUCAGAUUCUCCUCCAUCAAUUCGGAUUCUUCAGCUAGGGUUCAAUGUUUUUACAGACAUUGGCUCGCUAGAGUCUGAUGAGUGCUUCAGUGUUUUGCGGGUUUUGGAUCUUCAGCAGAAUCGAAUUGCUGGGAAAUUUCCGCCCUUUUUGAUUAAUGUUUCCACAUUAACAAAGCUGGAUAUUUCAGGUAAUUUAUUUUCGGGUUCUAUUCCAAAUGAGAUUCAAAAUUUGUGGAGAUUGGAGGAGUUGAAAAUGGCGAACAAUUCAUUCGGUGAUUUGGUUCCUGUUGAUAUAAAGAAAUGUUUUAAUUUACAAGUUCUUGAUCUUGAGGGUAAUUUAUUCAAAGGGGAUUUUCCUGGGUUUUUAGGUGAGUUAAGAAGUUUGAAGUUUCUAUCCCUCGGUGGAAAUGACUUUUCGAGUUCCAUUCCUUUGAGUUUUGGUAAUUUGACAUUGCUUGAGAGUCUUAAUUUAAGAGGCAAUCACUUAAUUGGAGUGUUUCCUGAUGAACUGAUGCUUUUGAGAAAUUUGAGUUCAUUGAAUCUUAGUGGAAACAAGUUUUCUGGGCCUAUUCCAGUGAGCAUUGGGAAUUUAAAGCAACUUGCAGUUUUGAAUCUGAGUAAUAAUGGUUUUUCGGGUACUAUUCCAGCAAGUUUUGGGGGUCUGUUUAAGUUGACGGUUCUUGAUUUGAGCAAACAGAAUCUAUCAGGAGAGUUGCCAUCCGAUCUUUUGGGUUUGCCUAAUCUGCAAGUGAUUGCAUUGCAGGAAAACAUGUUUUCUGGUGUAGUUCCUGAAGGUUUGAGUAGCUUGAUAGGGUUAGGGUAUUUGAAUCUCUCUUUCAAUUCAUUUUCUGGUCGUAUUCCAUCCACUUUUGGCGCCCUGAAGUCUUUAGUUGUUCUUUCAUUGUCGAACAAUCACGUUUCUGGCUCACUUCCUCCAGAACUGGGGAAUUGUUCAGCUCUUGAAGUAAUAAAUCUUCGCUCAAAUUCUUUGAGUGGGCAAGUUCCCAUUUCUCUUUCACAUCUUUCACAUUUGAGCGUUCUUGAUUUGGGAUGGAACAAUUUGACAGGUCGAAUCCCCGGCGAACUAUCAAGUUGCUCGUCGCUAAAUUCUCUUUUACUCGAUUCGAACAAUUUGACAGGACAGAUUCCAGCCAAU